ACAUCACCUUCUACCCCUGUAUCGAUGACCUCUUCUCCCUCACCGGCUUGGUCUCCACCGCCCUCGACUACUCCAUCGCCGGUAUCCACCCUGCAGCAGCCGCCACCCACGGUCCCUCCUCCCGUUGUUCAACCGACGGUGAGGAGGAGUGGGAGGUACGCUCUUGCGGUGGAUGGGGCGGGGCCGACGGAUGAGGACGCCAUGCAGAGAGCCAUGCGGCGUAAGGCUGAGAAGAACCUCGACACGGCAGGUCAUCUACAGAUGUACAUGUAUUCUCCGUUCAUGGUUACCUCUACAGCGAGUGGAGAACCGACAGCUAUUUACGGAGGUCUGUACACGGUUGGAGGCUACGGCGAGGGAUACUUUUUCCCUACAUGGGUGGCAGCAUAGUCUACGGAUAGAUGCCCCACCUACACUUUAGGCGUUAUAUGAUUCAUCGUUCCGAUAUGUAUCUCGCCUAGUUUUUAUUAUUUAUCCUUUUGGACUUGAGACAACAAAACGGCUGUGUGCAUCCUGGUUAUGCAGAGGCUGGAUGUAAUUGCUUAUUAAAGUAAUAAAG